ACACCGUCGGCAUAACCUUCACAUUGCCGCGAUGGCUACGUUUCCGGGGAAUUGUCAGUUUGAGAAAUGAAAUAAUAUUUGCUUGUUUUUAAGUCAAAGUUUGAAUAAAAUACUUGAUGACAUUUGAGGAUAAUUUUCUAUGAAUGUGAAUUAUUAUGAUUAGACCGCAGACGAAGGUACCAGCUGGUCACUGGACUCGAUGUGAUUUUUGUAGAGAAAAAAUCAAUUUCAAGUCGCCGCGAGAGUUUUGCCGUCAUUUAAGAGACUUUCAUUGCACUAAAGAAGGUGGUUCUUAUGUAUGUAAAUAUGGGAAAAACAAUGUUUGUUUGUCACUACCUGUUGAUGGAGUAAGUGACUUGGACUACGAGGAACACAUCAUGAGGGAACAUGUCAAUCAAAGUGCAGAGGGAACAAACUCGGCAUUGCAGAGAUUACAUGCAAGCGCCCAGCGACCAAUGCCAAACCCAGAACCCUCUGUCGUGCAGGAUCAGCACAAAUGGACAGUUUAUAAUUCAAAAGUCAAUUUACCAGCUGCGUUAAAUGACCCACGUUUGGUUAAAAGAGAAACAGACUUUUUUACAAAGACAUGGGGAGUUGAUUUCUAUGAAAAAUCUUACCUGCCAUCUUCACCUUACGUCCAGGAGAUCAAUAGAGGGCAUUUCCAAACUUAUAUCAAUAGAACUUCUGAGAGAUUUAAAAAGCACAGUAGAGAAUUACAGGCAGUGGUUGAAGGGAGAGGACCGGAAACACACCUUACUAAAAUGGUCAGACAAGCAGAGAAAAACAGAACGGAGCUUGAACAGAUCCCAAAAUUAUUUUUAUUACCAAAUUUCAAUUUGGAAAAUCCUGAUACAUUUAAUGCUGUGUUUCCAUGGACACAAGUUGAGGAGUCGAAGGUGAAUCAGGCUGGUAGCCGACAUUCUUCCAAGUUGUUACAGGAAAAACUGAGUCAUUAUCUAGACAUAGUCGAAGUACAGAUAGCCCAGCAAAUCUCGCGGAGAUCCGAGGCUUUCUUUCAUGCAAUGACGUCACACGAUGAACUGCAGGAGAAAAUGAAAGUCACAUGUGCAAGGAUCAAGUAUCUCAGGGAUAAAAUCAACAAUAUGGAUACAAUGAUGGCCAAGGAAUCAUUAAAAGUGCUGAAACUAACAAAGUCACGGUCAAGUUAUGUUCACCUGCAUAAUAAGUUAAAAUUAAUGGCAACUGUUCACCAGACUCAGCCUACUAUACAAACUUUGUUGUCUACCAAUGAGUUUGUUGGUGCAUUAGAUCUCAUCUCAACUACACAAGAAGUUCUCUCUCAGGAGCUGGCAGGGGUUCAUAGUCUUAGGCAUUUAGGUUCCCAACUGGCAGAGUUACAGAAGCUGAUAGAUAUAAUGAUACAAGAAGAAUUCCAUAAGCACGUCACGUCGGAGCUGAACCGACCCAUGUCAGAUUCUACACCACUGCUUGAUGAGGAAAAACUUGUGGCAACAUUAUUUGGGAUGUUAAGACUUCAGAAAUUUCAGUUUCUUGAUGUAUAUAGAGAUGAAACCUUCACUGGUAUGAAGGCAGUGGUAAAACAAAUAAAUUUGAAUUUCAGUUUAGCGGACCAGAUGAGAUUAUUAAAUUAUACACAAUGGAUGGAGCUGAUGAAAAAUAUAUUCCACAAUUUAUUGAUUGUUCUUGAAAGAGCAAAGUCAUUCCAUGGAAUUGUUGUAGAUGUACUGGGUAUAGCUGCUGGUAAAACCAAGGUUCCUACACCGUUACAUUCACCUAUAGAGGAUAGAAAUGGCCCUCUAGAGGAACCUUUACAUUUACAUGUCUCUGUAAGUGAUGAUGUUGAUGUGAUGAUCACAAUGGAGGAAUACCACAAGACGAUAGGUGGUUUACGAGAACUUCUUAACUCUGUAUGUGAUCACGCCCAUGAUAGAUGUGUUAAAGUUGUUACUGCAAGAGCCAGG